CAGAAAUAGGUCUUUGGGAGGUGGGAGGAGGAAGAGGGAGAUGCACAGGUGGGGCGCAGAUUGGGAAGAGGCAUUUGUUUCAGGAUAAACACAGGAGGGAAAUCUGAGGUGAGGUGGAGCGUUUGUUGCUGCUCAGGCUCUCAGCUAUUCAGGGACAGGUUGGACUGGUUUCACCCUCCACAAUAGCUGUGUUUCCCCCGCUCUCGCUCAUUUAAACCAGCAGAGAGGGAGGAAGAAGUGAACCAGAUAGAGUGGCGAGUAGCGUGAAAGGUUUCUCUGUACAUUUCAGCGUUUGGCCCAAAGAGGAAUUUCAACAUGCCUGAGGAAAGGGAAGGAGGAGAGGGAGAAUUUUAUGGAAAGCAUGGCGAGCCGAGGAAGUAUGACCCAGAGUUCAAGGGCCCGACCCAGAACAGGGGCUGCACAGACAUUGUGUGCUGCAUCCUCUUCAUCAUCGCCAUACUGGGUUAUAUUGCAGUGGGAAUACUCGCCUGGUCUCAGGGUGACCCCAGGAAGGCAAUCUAUCCUACAGACAGUGAAGGCCAGUUCUGCGGGCAGGUUGGCACCCCACUUGAAAACAAGCGACUGCUGUUCUACUUCAACAUCAUGAAGUGUGCCAGCCCCAUGGUGCUGCUGGAGUUCCAGUGUCCAACCACACAGAUGUGUGUGGAGAAGUGCCCCGAAAAGUUCAUGAUAUUAACCAAAGCCUACACAAACAAAAAAGACUUUGAGUACUACAAGAAUUUCUGCAAGAAAGGAGUGACAAAUGACAUGGGUGUACCAGAAAUCCUUCAGCAACGUCUCUGUCCUGCCAUGUUGACCCCCAGCAAGCCCUUCACUCGUAGGUGUUUCCCAGCUUUGGGCGAGAAAGGAGGGGUGAUAACGGUGGGAAACAGCUCCACAUUUGAUGAUGGAGAUGGAAAGAUUAGAGAUGCCAAGGAUCUUGUGGAUGGAGUCAAGAAUGCCACGGUGGUUAUUGAGGCUCGUCAGGUGGUCAUGAAAAUCUUUGAGGAUUACACACAGUCCUGGUACUGGAUUCUGCUAGGGUUGGUAAUUGCUAUGCUCACCAGCCUGCUCUUCAUUGUCCUCCUGCGCUUCCUGGCAGGGAUCAUGGUCUGGGUCAUGAUUGCCUUGGUGAUAAUCGUCAUAGGAUAUGGUAUCUUCCACUGCUACAUGGAGUAUGCUGCUCUGAAAGGAGAGGCAGGCUCUGAUGUGACUCUACAGGAACUGGGCUUCCAGACUGACUUCACCGUCUACCUGCAGAUCAGACAGACCUGGCUGGCCUUCAUGAUUAUCCUGGCCAUUUUGGAGCUCAUCAUCAUCCUUGUGCUCAUCUUCCUCAGGAAGAGGCUCCUCAUUGCCAUCGCUCUCAUCAAAGAAGCCAGCAGAGCCAUCGGACACGUGAUGUCUUCUCUUUUCUACCCACUGUUCACGUUCUUGCUCCUGGCCAUGGUCAUUGCCUACUGGGCAGUUACUGCUGUCUUCUUGUCUACCUCUAAUGAACCCGUCUACAAGAUUUUCAAUGAGACAGUGUGCGACCACUCGAGAAAAACCUGUGACCCCGCGAACUUCUCGACCAGUCUGGAGAAAAAGCAGUGCCCUGAAUCCGAGUGCCUUUUUGCCUUCUACGGCGGAGAGACUGUUUACCACAAAUACCUGAUCGGCCUACAGUUCUACAACGUCUUCCUCUUCUUCUGGUGUGCCAACUUUGUCACGGCUCUGGGACAGAUGACCCUGGCCGGGGCCUUUUCCUCGUACUACUGGGCCUUUGUUAAACCGGACGACAUGCCUGCCUUCCCCGUGUUUUCUGCCCUGGGCAGAUCUCUCAGGUAUCAUACAGGUACUCUGGCGUUUGGCUCUCUGAUCCUCUCAAUCAUUCAGAUCAUCAGGGUUUUGCUGGAGUAUCUGGACCACAAGCUGAAAGGAGCCCAAAAUAAGUGUACCAAGUUCCUGUUGUGCUGUCUGAAGUGCUGCUUCUGGUGUCUGGAGAAAUUCGUCAAGUUCCUUAACAGAAACGCCUACAUCAUGGUGGCGAUUUAUGGCAAAAACUUUUGCACCUCUGCCAGAGAUGCCUUCUUACUCCUCAUGAGGAACAUGGUCAGGGUGGCUGUCUUGGACAAAGUGACAGAUUUCCUCUUGUUUUUGGGCAAACUGCUCAUCGUUGGGCUCGUAGGAGUCUUUGCCUUCUUCUUCUUCUCUGGGCGAGUGAAGGCCUUUGAGAACACAGCUCCGCAUCUCCACUACUACUGGGUACCCAUCCUGACUGUGGUGAUUGGCUCCUACCUCAUCGCCCAUGGAUUCUUCAGUGUGUACGCCAUGUGUGUGGACACGCUUUUCCUCUGUUUCUGUGAAGACCUGGAGCGCAAUGAUGGUUCAGCCGCAAGGCCUUAUUACAUGUCCUCAACUCUUCAUGAGAUUCUGUGGAAGAACGCUGCCGAGGAUCCGCCUCCGAAUUCUGCUCCGCAACAGGACAACGAAGACAUCCAGUUGAAACAACAGCAGGCUCAGGAUCAGGACGAGGACACAGCUUAGAGAAGAGGAGUUUUGUGGGCAGAGACACUGUAGUUAGAUUUACAGGCAUAACGAAACUCAUGUAACACUUUUUUAACUGUUCAAGUUAAAGCCUGUUUUGAGUUAUGAGAGUAAGGAGCUGGGGCAAGUUGCACAAAGCACCUUGAAUUUGCUCCUUAAGUAUGACACUUAAGGCUGACAUGAAAUACCUCGCCAAUAACUGAGUGGAAAGAUCCUGUUGCAUAAAACCACAGAGCAAUCAUUCAUUGUAAAGGGGCUGAAGAGCGCAGCUUUGGGAAAGUUUAAUGAUGCAAACCCAGAUGGUCACAAUCAUAAAUUGACAUCUGGGAAAACUUAGUGUAAAAUCAGCUGCUCAUCAUGAAGUGUGUCCAUCGUCCCGUGGAAUACUCUCCUCAGAUUGCCUUAAUUUUUCCCAUUUAUCUCCAUAAAAUCACCCAUGUUGCGGUUAAGAUGGAGUCAGAGGUACUUCAUGUUUGUUGUCCUUACUUUGGUCACUAAGGUUCUUUGUGCAACCGUUUAACAAGCAAUGCCUUAAGUAUAAACAUAAACAUUUUGAGGAAGCCUCUUUUCCUUAAGGCUAGAUAAAUCUAUCUAUCUAUAAGACCAAGAUAAGGAGAAAAACAUAAAACCUUAAGUAAACAUUUUAAGGAAGCCUUAAGGGAAAGACUAAUCGAUGUUUUUUGCAACUGAAUUUUUUUUUCUCAAGGAAAUCUUAACUCGGACUU